GUCCUGAAUCACUUCCCCUUUGACCGGAUGUCGGCAUUCCAGUUUCCGGUCUAAUCCCCGGUCUCGGUGAAAAUGGCGUUUUCUAGAUGUUUACAAGAGCUGCCCAAGAUAAAUAUCAGCGAUGUUCAUCGUAUUGUUGAUGGCUGGUCCCCUGCUCCGACAAGCAAACGUAACAAGGGAUUUAAAUUGUAUAUCUCAAGUUACCUGCACAACUACGAGGGUGGUCCUGAAAGACUCGUGUCCUGUGGAGCUGAUUCACCACAGCUGUACGUGUGUUGCUGGUGCAGCAUUAUGCAACCACUGUGUGGCUUUGCUGUUCCAGUCAGCACAUUAUUCUGAGCUGAAACUGUCAGUGGUCCCCCCUGUACUAAGCUGUACAGAAGGAGAACAGCAGUGGCACAAGCCCAGAACUUUAGGUAUAAAACCUGGCCCCGUGGACAAGAUGACUGUGCUGUCUGCUAAACCGAAGAGUGGAGCAACAACAGAGGGUGUAAGGAGCACACUCUACAAAGGCCUUAGUGGGGAUUUGCCAGACCUUUCUGUCCUUAGAGUUUCCGAGAUGUAUGAAGAUUUUGCAGCAGCUGAUGCACCAAUGAUCUGCAGCAUGGGAAUCAGCCAUGAAUUUCCCCUUGUUGACUCUGCCCUUGGCAAAGUUCAGGCUGGAAGUCCUCUGUCCUACCAACAGCCAGCAACAGCAAAGAGAGACAUGUCCUUCCAUGCUGCACCACCCCGCCCAUCUCUGCCUCUUAAGAACUACCACCUACAGCCAUCAAAAAGCAUGUUUGUUUGUUCUGAACCACAACAGCUACACCUUAAAAGUAUGGAGGUCACCUGGGACAUGGUGAAUAAAUUUGAAUGUGCUACCAGAGCACAGAGUACAUGUCCUGAAUGGCAUCAGCUAAGGAGGCAUAGGUUGACUGCCUCCCGCUUCAGGGAGAUCUGCCAGGUUCAAGAUAAAUCUGAGGAAGAUCUGGCAAAUCGUCUGCUGCAAGGGACCUAUCAGACUGCAGCUAUGAAGAGAGGGCUUGAAUUAGAGGCAGAUGCUAUCUGGGAAUAUUGUCAAAUUAAAAGAGUCAACCACUAUCCCUGUGGAUUUGUGAUUCACCCUGAUGCUCCUUGGCUAGGGGCAUCUCCAGACGGAUUGAUCUUUGAUCCUUCUGAGCCAUGUCAGUUCGGGCUGAUUGAGAUUAAGUGUCCAAAUGUGAAAAGUUAUGUUGACUGUCCAUAUCUCCAAAUGAAGUCAGGCAAAUUGGAACUAAAAAAAACUCAUGUUUACUAUUGGCAGGUUCAGGGGCAGAUGCUAAUAACUGGGAUGAACUGGUGUGAUUUUGUUGUCUCAGCUGAGGAAGAUAUUCUUAUUCAAAGAAUUUAUGCAGACACUAAUGUGAUGGAUUCAAUCAAACACAAAGUAGACAGAUAUUUUUUCUAUGUUUACCUGCAGAAAUGUCUAAAUUAGGAGUUUGAUCAAAUCAAAUGUACAAAUUUGUUUCAAAAUAUUUCCAUCAUGAAUAUCUAUUUACAAAUGUAAGACAAUGUCAAUGUAAGUAAAUGACAGCAUUUUCUGUUUCUUCAA